AUGGCCCCUGCCGAGAGUUCAGGACGAAAGGACAAUUCUCUGCCCCGAGACGUUCAGCAGUGGAAAGAAAGAACCGGAUCGGGAGCUAUGAAGCAGGACGAAGAAGAAUCUAAGGAGACUGGAAAGAAGCCCGAGGCCAAAAAGAAGGGUAAAAAAGGAUCUAAGGGAAAAGCCAAAGCUGAGGAACCCGAGGCAGAUCCUGAUACAGCUAAGCGCAUCCACGAAAUGGCAACUUUGAAAUCUGGCUCGUCUGCAACUGAGGAGCAGUUCCUUGCCUUCAGGAUUAUUUGGCCAAAUCCCAAAAGCAUCAAUGAGCUUCCUCGCCCGAUAGGGUAUCAGAGGAAAGCACAAAAGGUUCUCAAAGAUCUCCCACCCUUCGAGCAUUACAUAAAGCAUAUAAGAGAACGAAAGAAAAGCAUCCCACCAUAUAAAAGCGGCGGAGAUAAGUUGGGGGUGUUCCAAGCGGUAAGAAAAUACCAGCUGCAGGUCGAAGUUGACAUCCCGGAACAGCCGAUGGAGGACGAUUCUCUGGUGCAAAGCCAGAAUAUUUGGCUGGAUCCGGCCGAUGACUUUGCACAAGCGGCGGCAUCAGACACCAGUCAUGAGGCUGCGUCUAAAUCUCCAAGUGUACCUGACUCUGCGGCGAAUCCUUCUACGGUUGCGUCAAUGUUAAAUGCGGGUGGUCAAUGGCACGAGUCGCAUUUACAAGGAAUUUCAAAAAUGCCAGUAUGGAGGCGCGCACAGAUGGUUAUCUGGGACUAG